CGUCACUUCCUCCGUUCUCCGUAGGCAAAUAGACCUAACUGUCGUAAAGUAGCGGUUGACGUUAGAUAUUAUUGACACCCUUCCAUCGCUGAAGGCUGUUUCGGGUGGGUGACAGCGUCCCUGAUUCCGCGGGUGACUGGCUGGCUUUCUGAACCAGUUAAUCGAAUUUCUAGUUGGUUCCCUGCCCACCUCCGUUUUGUGCCGGUACGGUGGCCGAAGAGGCUCGUGUGCGGCGGAAGUACUGGGCGGGAGGGUGUGAGCGUCCGGGCCUGAGGUGCACGCGGCGCCGGUGGGAGCGAGCAUGUCUUUUCGAGGCGGAGGUCGCGGAGGCUUUAAUCGAGGUGGCGGCUUCGGUCGCGGUGGCGGCAGCAGCAACCACCACUUCCGAGGUGGAGGCGGCGGUAAUUUCAGAGGCGGCGGCAAUUUCAGAGGCGGCGGCAGCGGCAGAGGAGGAUUUGGACGAGGGGGCGGCCGCGGAGGUUUUAACAAGGGCCAGGACCAAGGACCUCCAGAGCAAGUAGUUUUAUUAGGAGAGUUCUUGCACCCCUGUGAGGAUGACAUAGUUUGUAAAUGUACCACAGAUGAAAAUAAGGUGCCUUAUUUCAAUGCUCCAGUUUAUUUAGAAAACAAAGAGCAAAUUGGAAAAGUGGAUGAAAUAUUUGGACAACUUAGAGAUUUUUAUUUUUCAGUUAAAUUGUCAGAGAACAUGAAGGCAUCUUCCUUUAAAAAACUGCAGAAGUUUUAUAUAGACCCAUAUAAACUGCUGCCGUUGCAGAGGUUUCUACCUCGACCUCCGGGUGAGAAGGGGCCUCCAAGAGGCGGUGGCAGGGGAGGUCGAGGAGGAGGAAGAGGCGGAGGUGGCAGAGGUGCUAGGGGUGGUGGUUUUAGAGGUGGAAGAGGAAGUGGAGGUGGAGGUUUCAGAGGAGGAAGAGGGGGUGGUGGUUUUAGAGGAAGAGGACAUUAAGUGUAACAGUUGACAGAAACUUCAGUUGACUUCGGCAUUAACCUCAUGAUCUACGUCUAUGGAUCAGAAACUCGUUUCUUGAUCAGAUCUUGAAGAACUGGUCAUUUUAUGGCAGUGGAGCUAAAAUGUCAACAUCAUGCAAAAACGAGUGUGGCAGAACAGGCAAUUUUGCUCUAAAAGAGUAUGAACAAGUGUUUUAAUGUUUUGUACAAUGCUUGGAACUUGUGGGUGUUCAGUAAAGGGGCAGCUUUCAUCUGAAGCAUAUUUGAAUUUUUAAAAUAAAGUGUUUUAUUCCUUUAAGUUA